UCGAAAACCUUUAAAAAAACUCCGAUUCUAUUUUUCAUUUCUAAUAAUAAUAAUUUAAUAUUCUUUUUAGGUUUUUCUUGUGGAGAACAUUAAAAACGAAAUCUAGUGUUUAUUUAUCGCCUUUUGUCUUUUCGGAUUACGAGAUUCCCAUUACUUUUAAUUCCAUUCAUUUUUUUUUUCUUUCUUCCACACAGAUUUUGAGAAAAAAAAUUCGUGAGGAGUUAGAAAUUUCCUAUAUCUCCGUUUCUGGGUUUUUUUUUUCUUUCUUUCAAUUUACAAUUUUUUUUCUGGGUAUUAAAUUUUGGGAUUAAACGUUUGCAUUAGACGAAUCCUGAAUUGUUCUCGAGGUCAAAAUCAUGUCCGAUGGAUACAACAAUUCGAAGAAGACAGAUGAUAUUUGCGAAGAUGUUUGUGGACAGGGAUCAAAAGCAGCAAAAACAAUCUCAAGGCUUAAAUGUGUUCUUAAAGGUUUUGACUUAAGAACAUACUUGUUUCUCUUUGUGUUGAUGCCAUUUGGUAUCUUAGCAAUUUAUUUACAUGGUCAAAAGUUCACUUAUUUCUUUAGACCACUUUGGGAAUCACCUCCAAAGCCGUUUCAGACCAUUCCUCAUUACUAUAAUGAGAAUGUAACAAUGGAAGCUCUUUGUAGUCUUCAUGGUUGGGGAACUAGAGAAUCGCCGAGACGGGUUUUCGACGCGGUUUUGUUUAGUAAUGAGAAGGAUCUUUUAACUGUUAGGUGGAAGGAGCUUUAUCCUUAUGUGACACAGUUUGUGAUUCUUGAAUCGAAUUCGACGUUUACGGGUUUGCCUAAACCUUUGGUUUUUAAUAGUAAUAAGGAUCAGUUUAAGUUUGUGGAGCCGCGGCUUACUUAUGGGACGAUUGGUGGACGGUUUAGGAAAGGUGAGAAUCCGUUUGUUGAAGAAGCGUAUCAGCGUGUUGCGUUGGAUCAGUUGCUUAGGAUUGCUGGCAUUGAAGAGGAUGAUUUGUUGAUAAUGUCGGAUGUUGAUGAGAUUCCGAGUGCUCAUACGAUCAAUCUUUUGAGAUGGUGUGAUGAUAUUCCUCCGGUUCUUCACCUUCAGCUUAAGAAUUACUUGUAUUCUUUCGAAUACUAUGUCGAUAGCAAAAGCUGGAGAGCAUCUAUACACCGUUACAGUCCAGGGAAAACGCGGUAUGCUCAUUUCCGUCAGAGCAAUGUUAUGUUAGCAGAUUCAGGAUGGCACUGCAGCUUCUGUUUCCGUAAUAUAAGCGAGUUUAUAUUCAAGAUGAAAGCUUACAGUCACUCGGACCGUGUCAGAUUCUCUCAUUACCUGAAUCCGAGGAGGAUUCAAGAUGUUAUUUGCAAAGGAACUGAUUUGUUUGAUAUGUUACCUGAAGAGUACACAUUCAAGGAGAUUAUCGGCAAAAUGGGACCUGUACCUCGGUCUUAUUCAGCGGUUCAUCUUCCAUCAUACCUACUGGAUAACGCCGAGCAGUACAAAUACUUGUUGCCCGGUAAUUGCAUAAGAGAAAAACAGACAGGGUUUAUAUGAUGAUCGCAUUGAAAGUGUUAUUGUAUAGUUCUAAGCUUCAGGGCCUUUGCAUCAUCCUUGAGAUAAAAAGAGCAAAAUUUUGUGCGAAAGAGAAGAAAUUGAAGAACGUAACGCCAUGAUUUGUAUUUGAUACUUCGCCAGAAAGCGUAUAUAACCCGUCAACCCGAGUGUUGGAUAUUUCAGCGAUUUCUUUUGAUACAGGAGGGUUUGUGAGAACAAAAAGAGCUUACUUUGUGUUAACAGCACGACACUUCCCAGGUUUUUUUAGCAAUGGGAAAAAAUGUUGUUGCCUAAGGCUGAUUUGGUAAUGUAGUAUAGAUGUUUCAGGAUUCAUUUGUUUAUAUAACAAUUUUCUUCGCUGUUCGUUGUUCUGAUUUUAGUUCUGGUUAUAUCAGUUACUUGAUUAUUCUUGUUCAGUUUCCAUUUAUCUAUUAAGUCUUCUUUACUC